AUGAAGUUUUUCACUAUGCUUAUGGCUUUGCUAUUUCAGUCCUUUUUGUUGCAAGCCCAGGUGAGCUUACCACCACCUCCCAUUCCUAGCCCUGAUCCUUCCCUGGGGUUAGUACCACUAGGUGUUCCUUAUUAUUAUAGUUAUAUCCCACCUCCUCCUCCCGUUGUUCUUCCAUCACAGCCACAACCGCCACCAUCAGGACCACCUCCCAUUCCCAGCCCUGAUCCUUCCCAGGGGUUAGUACCACCAGGUGUUCCUUAUUAUUAUAGCUAUAUCCCACCUCCUCCUCCCGUUGUUCUUCCCCCACCCCCACCACCUCCCGUUGUUCUUCCCCCAGCGCCACAACCGCCACCAUCAGGUCCUAAUCCGGCUGAUAGAGCUCUUUGUACUGUGCAAUGUAGUGCUGAUUGUGCCUCGAUCUUUGGUCCAUCGAUACAACCCAAUAAGUUUCGGCGCACCCCCAGAACUCCCCCCAGCAAUCCCACAACUCCUGGCACUCCCACAACUCCCAGUACUCCCGCAGCUCCAGGCACUCCCGCAACUCCGGGCAUUCCUACAACUCCUGGUACUCCCGCAGCUCCGGGCACUCCAAACACUCCUGUUACUCCCACAGCUCCUAGCACGCCUGCAACUCCGGGCACUCCAAACAUUCCCAGUCCUCCCGGUUGGAAACGAUUCGAAAUACCAAGAGAUAUUCCUAAGGCGGCUUGUAUACCUGUGUGUAUUGGAAUAUGCAUGAAUAUAAGCCCCACACCCCCACGCAUGUUCUAG